AUGGCAAUUUCAAAGAUUAUAAUCAAAAUUGCUAAUGUAUUAGCACUCUUUUUCCUUUUGGGUGUUAAUAUCUAUUCCGGUCUUGGACCAGAUAAUGAAUCUCAUUAUACUAAAAACCAUAUCACAUAUAUUUCUCCAGCUUAUUUCACUUUCUAUGUUUGGUUUCUUAUUCAUCUUUUGUUAAUAGGUUUUGUUAUUUACCAAUUCUUUCUGGAGGCACCUAGAGAUGAAGCUAUCACUAAAGAUAUUCACUGGCAUUUUGUCGGUGUUGCCUUGUUAAAUACCUUAUGGCUUGCUUUAUGGAACGAUGAUUUACUUUUACUAUCAUGGAUCACAAUCUUUGUAGUAGUAUGUCAAGUAACUUACAUCUAUCAUGCACUAUAUAAUAGAUAUACAUUUGAAUCACCUCCACCAUCAUGGCUUGAAAACCUAUUCAUCAAAUUUCCAUUUACUUUAUACCAUGCAUGGAUUGUCGUAGUGGCAGUUCUUACAACUUAUGCUGUAAUCACUCCAGAAAAAACUUACCAAACCGCUAACACAACAAACACAACAAACGCAACAAGCACAACGACUACUUAUGGAUCUGAAGAACCAAAUAUAAUUGUACAAAUUGCUGUUAUUAUAGGAUUAAUUAUUCUUGAAUCGACAGUUAUUACUUACAUUGAGCUCAGAGAGGAUUGGGCAGGUGGAGCGGUCAUUGCUUGGACUUUAUAUGGUAUCUGGUAUGAACAAGAAGAUCCAGUGAUUCAUUGGACUGCUCUUGUACUUGCUGUCACAGCCACUAUUUAUCUUUUUAAACCUCUUGUCGUGAAGUACAUUAAAGACAAAGAACCCUUCUGA